UUGGCUUGAAUGAAUGAAUGAAACGCGACGCGCCAACCUCCUACUUUUGUUCUGCUAAUUACUAAUUUGCGCCAUCGUCGUUUCCUGCCCUCCCCUCGCCCACCGCGGUGGCGAUAACCCUAAGGUCGAAGAGAUCUCCUACCCCAGUCGCUGACGAAUCAUGUCCAAAUCUCGCGUUUAUACUGAUGUCAACGUUCUUCGUCCCAAGGAGUACUGGGAUUACGAGUCCCUCACUGUUCAAUGGGGUGAUCAAGAUGAUUAUGAGGUUGUUCGAAAAGUUGGAAGGGGGAAAUACAGUGAGGUUUUGGAGGGCAUAAAUGUGAAUAACAAUGAGCGUUGUAUAAUCAAGAUCCUCAAGCCUGUCAAGAAAAAGAAGAUUAAGAGAGAGAUUAAAAUCCUUCAGAAUCUAUGUGGUGGCCCAAAUAUUGUUAAACUUCUUGAUAUUGUAAGAGAUCCGCACUCGAAAACACCAAGCUUGAUAUUUGAGUAUGUCAACAGUACAGAUUUCAAGGUUCUCUACCCAACUUUGACAGACUAUGACAUUCGCUACUAUAUAUAUGAACUUCUCAAGGCGUUAGAUUACUGUCAUUCACAAGGAAUAAUGCACAGAGAUGUCAAGCCUCACAAUGUCAUGAUAGAUCACGAGUUGCGCAAACUUCGAUUGAUAGAUUGGGGACUUGCAGAGUUUUAUCAUCCUGGCAAAGAGUAUAACGUUCGUGUGGCUUCUCGGUACUUUAAGGGGCCUGAACUUCUGGUAGAUUUGCAGGACUAUGAUUAUUCCUUGGACCUCUGGAGCCUUGGUUGUAUGUUUGCAGGAAUGAUAUUCAGGAAGGAACCAUUCUUCUAUGGUCAUGACAACCAUGAUCAACUAGUUAAAAUUGCCAAGGUGCUAGGAACUGAUGAGUUAAAUGCAUAUCUGAACAAAUACCAUUUAGAGCUGGACCCUCAACUUGAUGCUCUUGUUGGAAGGCAUAGCCGCAAACCUUGGUCCAAAUUUAUUAAUGCAGAUAAUCAGCAUCUUGUUUCCCCAGAGGCAAUCGAUUUUCUUGAUAAGUUGCUUCGGUACGACCACCAGGACAGGCUAACUGCGAAAGAAGCCACGGCCCAUCCUUACUUCUCUCAAGUCAGGGCAGCAGAAAGUAGCAGGAUGCGCACGCAGUAAGGGGUACACUCUGGGUUCCUUUGUAAACGAAAUCAGACUCAUUUGGAUACAUUUGUCGUGUUUGAAUUUUACAUAAACCAUAUAAAUUCUAAUGGUUGUCCUCGUCAGAUUUAGGGAAGUUGAAAGGGUUGUCUAUGAAA